CUACCAAAAAACGUAAACACUAGAUAUUUAACUGCUAAAAACGUUAUAAAGCCAUUUACUUGUCAAUGAAUGUCAACAUAGGACGUACUUUGAAGAGCUGCUGUAUUUGUAAAUAGUCAUAAUAUUUUCGCGUACUUUUGGAGGAAGCUGGACUAUUAGCUAUUGGCUAUUAGUAUGAGUGCCAACGGAGAAAAAGAAAAAAACGCCGAAAACACUCAAUUGGAGAUCGAAGAGGAACCGGAGGAAAAUAAUAAUAAAGUAGUGGUUUCCAGUGACGAUGAAAAUUGUGAAUCCAAAAUGGGGUUCGGUUCCAAAGAUGAAUGGUGUGGAACCAUCGUCAAGUACAGCAUGUUUUUAUCAAAUUUUGUCAUAUUCAUUGGUGGAAUCGUAUUGGUGGCCAUAUCAGUGUAUACGCUGUACGAUAAAUCGUUCAUCAAAGAGCUUUUGGGAACCAAUUUGUUCACAGGAGCAGUAUACAUAUUAAUCGUAGCGGGUAUUCUAUUGUCACUUCUGUCAUUCUUGGGAUGUGCUGGUGCUGUCAAAGAAGUCAAGUGCAUGCUACUAACGUAUUUCAUAAUUCUGUUCAUUAUAUUCAUUGUGAUGCUCGUCGGAGGAAUAUUAUGUUACAUGUUCCGACAAAGAGUGCAGACGACUAUGCAGCAAGAGAUGCUCAGGACCAUAAGGUUUUACGGCGAUGACCGGGCCAUAACUAGAGCGUGGGACGACCUCCAGGAAGGACUACACUGUUGUGGCGUUACGGGCUACGAUGACUGGAGACAGCACAGGAUCGGCGGAAUCAUUCCAAGUAGCUGUUGUCAAGAGAUCAACGGAAAGAAACAACCAUGCAAUCUGAGUUUCCAAGCGAGCUUACAGAUAUACAAUACUGGCUGCUUGAACGUGACCACUGCUUUCAUGAAAGACCACGCGACCACUGUUGGAACCGUUGGUAUAGCUGUGUCAUUAUUUCUAUUAUUUGGAUUAGCAUUUUCGUGUGCGCUGUUCAUGAUGAUCGUGUAGAGUUAUAACUGACAUUUACAGAUAAACAAAGAGGUCAUCGUCUUGGAAAACCAUUUUGAAAUAGUCAUUUAAAUAGGGGAAAAGGUCAUAUAAAUUAUUUUCACAACGUUUGCCAUAAGAAUCAAAUCACCGUCGUCGACUAUCAGUCAACAGUAUAAUAUAUAAUAUAUAUUAUUAUACACCAUAUACUUAUAAUACCAUUGCAUGUGCGUUGGUGACAAAAUGAAAAGAUUUCAACAACAAUUUGAUUUGUAUAAAAUAUAGAUAAUUAGGUACAUAAUAUUAUAUAGGUACUAUUUAGUUAAUUAAUUUAUAUUAACAACUAAAAAAAAACAAUGGGUAGAUAACGCAAAUGGUUUAUAUAUAUUUAUUAUAUAAUACACUUGCGUAGAACUUUUUUUUUGCGCCCUGGGCGUUUUUUAAGCGUUUAAAAUUCUGAUAAAAAAAAAUAUACACAAAUGCUUAAAAAAACGUUUAAUUAAGAAAUAAACCUUUUUACUUCAUAAUAAUUAAUUAUUAAUAGUUAAUAAAAAUAAUUUAAAAAAACCUUUUUAGGUACUUUAUUUAAUAAAAGUUAAAAGCUUAAGCCACACACUAAUACACUAUAAUAAUUAUCGUAAUGUAAUAUUGUGAUUUAACUUCCUCGGUUAUGACUUAUGAAUAACCGUGUGUUAUGUUAAAAUUAAAUUAUCAUUGGAGAAUGAUAAUACUAUACCUAACAUUUGACAGUGAUAACUAAAAAGGAAAAACACGCCAAGCUAUACUUGUAAGCUGUCUUAGAAUAAAAUAUGCUUGUAAGACAAAUUGUCAAGUACAAAAACAAAUUACUUUCCUAGAUUCACGUAAAACACAUAUAAGCGAUAUCAAUCAUGCAUAUCUACACUUACAACGUCUAAACCACACAAUAGGAACAUAUGUUUUUGAAAUUCUUAUUUUUUAUAAAAUUACAAAUUUUACUAAUCAGUAGUCACUAAAUUUUACUUCUUUUACGUAUUUCAGUCAUUAUAGAUAAUUUCCUCAUUCGCAUAGACUUAGACAUUUCAUAAGGUUUUAACCUUAUCAAUUACAGUCAUUAAUUAUUUUUCUUCUAAAUUAACAAUUUAUAUGAUGUACCCUAUGUACAGAAAUAAAUAUUUUAUAUUUUUCAAUUGCCACGCCUUGUCUGUUAACAUUAAAUCGUGGGUAUCUAUCAAUUAUAAUCACGUUAUAUUAAUUAUUAUUUUAUUAUAGGUUUAUUUUCGUUUUAAGUAAUAUAUUUCUGGAAUUAUUCUUUUGCAAAAUAUGUACUAUGAUAUUCAAUUUUAAUAAUAUAACUUGCAUUUGACGUAUAUACUCAUAAUAUUUUUGAAAAUGUUUUUAUUAAUUAUAUUAUAUACAAAUACAAUUUCGUACCUAUUGUUUUUAAUUUUAGUAAUUGUUAAUAUACCUAUAAUAAAUUAUAUAAAUUAUUAUAUUAUAGACAGACGCUGAAAGAUGUAUAUAGUCUUAAACUAUAUGCGUGUAUUUGUAAAUAUAAAUGCCCAUUUGAUGGUGUUUUAUUCGGUCAAUAUUUUUGUGUAAUUUAAAUAUUUUUAACAACCUUGUAGAACAAAACUCUAUGUAAUUUAUCGGUAGGUAAAUACUUAAUAUAAUACACAACAGUUUGUAAUCAUCAAUAUAAUAUCAAUUAUCAUUACACUAUAUUUAGUAUUUCCGUAUCUAAGUACGAAGGUACCUAUCUAAAAUAAUGUUGUUAUUCAUUAUUGUAAUUUGUAAAUUAUUUAUUAGUAUUAUAAUUUAUAACGUUAAUUUGAAAUAAAUUAUAUAUAUAUAUUUA